AUGGCUGAAACGGAACAUACAUUUUUAAAUGAAGAAAAAGAAUUAAUGAAACCCAUAAAUUCCCAAAAUAAUGAUGAUGAUGAAUACGAUAACGAAGAAUACUAUACCGACAAUAACGAGGAUGAUAAUGAUGAAAAUACCCUUAAUACUGAUGCCAAUCAGGUGUUACUUGUACCGUACAGUGAUGAUGAUGAUGAUGAUGAGGAUGAUAUGGGUGAUAACGUUAAUAAUGACGAUGAUGAUGAGGAUGAUGAAAACUAUAACGGAGAUAUUGAAAAUGAUGAUGAAAAAGCAAUAUCAAAUGAAACCUGUGCUUUAUUUUUAAAACAAAUUUGGGACGUACAUCAAAAUAGUAUUCAAAAACAAAAACAAGAUCGUUUUUUACCUUUAACUAAAAAAUUUGUAGUUUCAAGUUUUAAAAAAAAACAAAAAAUGCUCAACGAUCAUCCCCAACUUAUAAACCAUAUGAUAUUUUUAUGUCGUAAUAUUGCAAAUGGUAAAAUACCUACGGAUAUAUCAGGUUGUGAUAAGGCAUUAUUUCAAUACAUUUCGGAUAGAUCUACACCUAAAGAGGACGUGCAAUUACACCUACUCGAACAAUUUCCCGUCCAAUAUUAUUGUAAUAAAGCUAUUGCGAAUAUAGAAAAUAUUAAAAAUGGGAGACGACGUGAAACGACUAAUGUUAAUCGACGGCGAGAGACACAACACGAUGCUACAGACUCUGGAAAAACUAGUGGGGGACAAAAAAAUUUUAAACGAGGCAAAACAAACAGCCGCCGAAGGCGAAUUACUUGAAGGUCACGCAACAAUGAUGGACAGUGUAGCACGCAAACCCGCUCAUGCAACAGACGAUAUUAUUCAAUUUACAAAAAAGAAGAAAAAUUAUCUUAAAGAACAAAAAGCUUUAUCUGCAGCUACACCCGCACCCCCGCCUGCAGAAGAUGGUGAUGGUGAUGCUACACAAUUUAAAAAAGGUUCUGUGGCUGCCGCCGAUCGUGUAAUACGUUCAUUUUUAAAGAAUAAAGGUGUUAAAGAAACCGACAAGGGUGUAAAAAUUGGCGGUAAAACACUUAAUUUUGCCUACGAUGAUAUGAUUGAAGAUCUUACAAGAAAUGUAAAAACCACAAGUACAAAUUUAAUACCAUCUCAACAUACAAAAUUAUUAACAGAAUUAAAAAAACUUCGUAUGCCCGUUGCUUAUAUACGAAGUCAAAAACUUAAAAAUCAGUAUCGUGAUAUCAUUGAUAGAGCUAGUAACGGUAGCGAAGCAUUACCCUCAACAUCUUCACCACCACCUCCUUAUACAACGCCGCGACGUCCACAGAGCGCGGGACCUCAGCAUUUAAAUCGUAAAGGACAAUUACGACCAUUUAUGAAUUAUUAA